UCCUGGACAAGCGGUUAGACCCACGAACAGACACCAUGAGGGCUCUGCUGCUCCUGGGGUCCCUGCUGGUGAGCCUGGAGUUGGCACUUUCGACUCCAUCUUCGAAAGCCCCCAAGAAGCAUAAGCACAUAGAGGAGGAGCAGAUGGUGGUUCUCACUGUCACUGGGGAGCCCUGCUACUUCCCCUUCCAGCACCACCGGCAGCUGCACUACAAAUGUACCCACAGGGGCCGGCCAGGCCCACGGCCCUGGUGUGCUACCACCCCCAGCUUCGAGCAGGACCAGCGAUGGGCCUACUGCCUGGAGCCCAAGAAAGUGAAAGACCACUGCAGCAAACACAGCCCCUGCCAGAAGGGAGGGACCUGCGUGAACACGCCAAGCAGCCCACACUGCAUCUGUCCAGAACGCUUCACUGGGAAGCACUGCCAGAGGGAGAAGUGCUUCGAGCCUCAGCUUCUCCAGUUCUUCCACGAGAAUGAAAUAUGGUACAGGCUUGGGCCAGCAGGCGUCGCCAAGUGCCAGUGCAAGGGUCCCGAUGGGCACUGCAAGCCGCUGGCAAGCCAGGUCUGCCGCACCAACCCGUGCCUCAACGGGGGCCGCUGCCUAGAAGCGGAGGGACGCCGACUGUGCCGCUGCCCGGCGGGCUACGCUGGACGCUUCUGCGACGUGGACACCGAGGCAAGCUGCUACCACGGCCGCGGGCUCGGCUACCGCGGGACGGCGGGUACUACGAUCUCGGGCGCACGGUGUCGGCCGUGGGCCUCGGAGGCCACCUACCGGAACGUGACUGCAGAGCAAGCGCGGAACUGGGGACUGGGCGACCACGCCUUCUGCCGGAACCCGGACAAUGACACCCGCCCGUGGUGCUUCGUGUGGAGCGGCGACCGACUGAGCUGGGAAUAUUGCCACUUGGCACAAUGCCAGGCCUCAGCCCCGGCGGCACCCCAAAUCCCGCGUCCGACCCAGGUCCCCUAUGGGCACCAGAACCUCCCUUCACCCUCGAUUUCGGCAUUGCAGAAGCCUCAGCCCACGACCCCAACUCCAGGCUCGCACGCGACGCCCGAGCAGCCGAGUCAUCUGCCCGGGACCGGUCUGCGCGGCUGCGGACAGCGCCUCAGGAAACGGCUGUCCUCGCUGAGCCGCAUCGUCGGGGGACUGGUGGCGCUGCCCGGGGCGCACCCCUACAUCGCCGCGUUGUACUCCCGCCACGAUUUCUGCGCCGGCAGCCUCAUCGCCCCCUGCUGGGUGCUGACCGCGGCUCACUGCCUGCAGAACCUGCGGGCGCCGGAGGAGCUGACGGUGGUGCUCGGCCAGGACCGCUUUAACCAGAGCUGCGAGCAGUGCCAGACGCUGGCCGUGCGCGCCUACCGCCUGCAUGAGGGCUUCUCGCCCACUACCUUCCAGCACGACCUGGCUCUGGUGCGCCUGGAGGAGAGGGCGGACGGCAGUUGCGCCCUCCUGUCGCCUUUCGUUCAACCCGUGUGCCUGCCCAGCAGCGCGGCUCGCCCCGCCGAACCGAAGGCUGCGUUCUGUGAGGUGGCCGGCUGGGGCCACCAGUUCGAAGGGGCAGAGGAAUUUUCUAGCUUCCUGCAGGAGGCACAGGUGCCGCUCAUCCCUCCUGAGCUCUGCUCCACUCUGGACGUGCACGGGGCCGCCUUUACCCCCGGCAUGCUAUGUGCUGGCUUCCUCGAGGGUGGCACCGACGCAUGCCAGGGUGACUCCGGGGGCCCACUAGUGUGUGAGGAGGAGACUGCAGAGGGCCAGCUCAUCCUGCGAGGCAUCGUCAGCUGGGGCUCGGGUUGUGGCGACCGCUACAAGCCGGGUGUGUACACAGACGUGUCCAAUUAUCUGGGCUGGAUCCGGGAGCACACCGCUUCCUGACUGCCCAGGGACUCGUCUUUCCCCCCUGGGCGAUUGUGGAAGGGGAGGGUGGCUGGGGCAUGAUCAUGGACAGCAAGGAUUGUGUUCCAUCCCCCCAGCGCCAUCAGCCCAGAGCCAGGCAUGGCGUAGGCACUCAAUAAAAUGCUUUUGAAAAUG